UUUCAGUUCAUUGUAGUCGCCGAGUGGACAAAGAGACUCCGAAAAUGAUGUCCGUGAUUUUGAUCCUGUGUCAAAUGACGCUGGCGAUGAGUAUGAAAGGGAAAGACUUGUCAUCUAAUGACAAUACAUCGCUACCAAUAAAUACGACAAACAACACCAAGAACGACGUUUGCCUUCUACCCAAAAUGAUUGGUCCGGGCCGUGCAAGUUUGCCUCGAUUUUUCUUCGAUGCAAAGUCAGGAAAAUGCAAAAAGUUUAAUUUUGGAGGCAUAAAGGGCAAUGCAAACAACUUCUUAACCAAGAAAGAGUGUGUGGAAAAGUGCGCUGAUCAAGUGCAAAAUACAACCAGUCAACCACCAACGACCAGUGAACCAAUCACCCCAAAACCUAUACAGAGGGAUAUUUGCUUUUUACCCAAAAAAAUUGGUAAGGGACGUGCAAGUUUGCCUCGAUUUUAUUUCAGUUUGGCAACAGGUCAAUGCGAAAAAUUUACUUUUGGAGGAGGAAAGGGUAAUGCAAACAACUUCUUAACCAAGAAAGAGUGCGAGGAGAAGUGCUUUGUUCGAGUGCAGAAUACAACCAGUCAACCACCAACGACCAGUCAACCAACCACCCAAAUGCCUAAUCCAGCAGUAACUUCAACAAUUCAACCAGUCAUGACAAAAGAAGAAACAGAUAACAAUUGAGUAUCUGGAGRUAUUUUCAGGAAGCCUGUCAAUCCAUAGAAUAUAUCAUAGGUAUCGCACAUCAUGGUUUAUUAAUAGUAAUAGUAUAAUCUAUUUCAAGGAAGAGAUGUACUUCUUAAAAUCAAUAAUAAAGCAUCAUUAAAAUGA